UUCAUCCAUACAAGUAAACUAUAACUAAUUAAGCUUGAAUAAUUAAAUGGUUCAACUUGUAGUGGUUAGUUAAUUUAUUUUAAUGGUAAAAUCCAAAUUCAAGAUACAGUAAUGACAAUUUGAAUCACGUCAUAAAAAGUCGUUUUGAUGUCAACGAAUCACAUCAAUAUACGAUUAAGGAUCAGCACUACAACGAGGCACUUCAGAUACUAAAUGAUGUUUUGACUAACAACCCCAACUCUAGAGCAUGUCUCUCGCUCCUUGCUUACUGCUUCUUCCACACGCAAGACUUCAUGAAUGCUGCCAACUGCUACGAACAGUUGGUAACACUGUUUCCUGACGAACAGGACUACCAACUGUACUAUGCACAAUGCUUGUAUCAGGCCUGUGUCUAUCAGGACGCCCUGAAAGUUGUCAGUCAAAUAGAAGAUCCUGCAUAUCAUGGGAAGGUAAUGAAGCUAAAGGCAGCCAUCAAAUAUGGAGAGGAAGACUUAGUGAGUGCGAAAGUUCUGAUGGAGAACAGUUCGGAAGAUGAUCCAGACACGGAGAUAAAUCAUGGAUGUUUAUUGUACAAGGAGAUGAGGUACGAAGAGGCUCUUCAGAAGUUUACAACAGCGCUGGUAGUAUUGGGCUACAACCCCCACCUCUCGUACAACGUUGCUCUGUGCUACUACAGGCUCAAGGAGUACGCUCCAGCCCUCAAACAUAUCGCCGACAUAAUUGAACGGGGAAUCCGUGAACAUCCAGAACUGAGCGUGGGAAUGGCGACAGAAGGCAUCGAAGUACGAAGCGUGGGUAACACGUUGACACUUCAUGAAACGGCUCUCAUUGAAGCGUUCAACUUGAAAGCUGCAAUAGAAUACCAGCUCAACAAUAUGGACACAGCGAGGGAGGCAUUGACGGACAUGCCUCCUAGAUCAGAGGAAGAGUUGGAUGCAGUGACCUUGCACAACCAGGCGUUGAUGAACAUGGAGUCUAAACCACACGAGGGGUUCGAGAAGUUGCAGUUUCUAUUACAGCAGAACCCGUUUCCUCCUGAGACCCUGGGCAACCUACUGCUGCUGUAUUGCCGCUACCAGUGCUACGACCUGGCUGCCGAUGUGUUGGCUGACAACGCGCACCUCACUCACAAGUAUCUGUCUCCUUAUCUCUACGAGUAUUUGGACGCACUGAUAACGCAACAGUCUUCUCCCGAGGAGGCGUAUCGUAAGUUUGACGAGCUCGCCUCACGACACACCGACGUCCUUCGCAAAGCUACCAAGAGAGUUCAAGAGGCUCGGGAAUCGCACAACGAUGUUGCGGUGAAGAAGGCUGUGGCAGAGUACGAGGACACUCUCGAUAGGUACCUACCAGUUUUGAUGUCACAAGCCAAGAUAUAUUGGGACAUGGAACAAUAUUCUCAGGUGGAGAAUAUAUUCCACAAGUCAGUGGAGUUCUGCAACGAGAACGAGACUUGGCGUUUGCACGUCGCCCAUGUUCUCUUCAUGCAGGACAACAAGUUCAAGGAGGCGGCCGGCUUUUACGAGCCGAUCGUCAAGAAACACUACAAUAAUAUACUCGGAGCAAGUGCGAUAGUCUUGGCCAACCUGUGUGUGUCGUACAUCAUGACAGCACAGAACGACGAAGCCGAGGAUUUGAUGCGAAAGAUAGAAAAAGAAGAAGAAAGGCUUGCUUACGCCGACCCCGAUAAGAAGGUUUUUCACCUUUGCAUUGUGAAUCUGGUCAUAGGAACACUCUACUGUGCGAAAGGGAAUUACGAGUUUGGAAUUUCUCGGCUCAUCAAGAGCCUUGAGCCCUACAAUAAGAAACUUGGAAUCGACACUUGGUUUUACGCCAAACGCUGCAUGCUGUCACUAAUGGAGAAUCUGGCCAAACAUACAAUCACUGCGAGAGAUACGUUCUUUCAAGAGUGUGUUUCUUUCUUAGAACAGUGUGAAGCUCAUGGGAAAGACGUUAAGACAGUGGCUGAAAAUCCUCUAGAAGAGCCGACCAUUCAACAUGGAAAAGAUACUGUGACUUACGAGGCGAGACUUCUAAAGGCGUUGUUCCUGCGACUACAGAUGUUCUGAAUGUUUCUAUGUUAUGUUUGGUUAGUAAAGAUGGUUGCAUAAUGA